AUGACUCCACUGGCAAAAGUUAAAAAACUGUUGAAAGAUUACCUGGACGAGCUAAAUGAAUCAGUUUUUAGGACCUUUCAGUGGUACUUGACCUUGAAUGACAGAAAAGGAUACCGACCUAUUAAGACAUCCCAUCUGGAGAACGCUACCAGAGAGAAAACUGUGGACAAGCUGGUGCAGGUUUAUGGGGAAGAUGGAGCUGUGGAGGUUACAAUCAACCUUUUCAAGAGCAUGAAAAACCUUGACCUCCAAGAAAAGCUAGCUGAAGCCAAGAUGGCGGUGGCAAAAACACUUAUUUCCUGUCUUCAAAGGGGGACCAGAAGCCAGCCGCAACUUCAGGUGGUAAAGAGUCAAGCAAUAAAGAGGCAAGUGAAGAACCGAGAGAUGAAGCCUCGACUGAUGAAGACUCGAGAUGAACAAGUAAGUGAUGAAGACUCAAGUGAUGAAGAGUCAAUCGAUAAAGAGGCAAGUGGUGAAGAGCCAAGAGAUGACGAGUCGAUCAACGGAGAGGCAAGUGGUGAAGAGCUGACUGCUGAAGAGUCAAGAGAUGAACAGUUCAUUGAUGAAGACUCAAGAGAUGAAGAGUCGAUCGACGAAGAGGCAAGUGGUGAAGAGCUGACUGAUGAAGAGUCAAGAGAUGAACAGUUCAGUGAUGAAGACUCAAGAGAUGAAGAGUCGAUCAACGAAGAGUUCUGUGAUGAAGACUCAAGAGAUGACGAGUCGAUCGACGAAGAGGCAAGUGCUGAAGAGCUGAUUGAUGAAGAGUCAAGAGAUGAACAGUUCAGCGAUGAAGAUUCAAGAGAUGAAGAGUCAAUUGAUGAAGAGGCAAGAGGUGAAGAGCUGACUGAUGAAGAGUCAAGAGAUGAAGAGCCACUAAAGAUGUCUACGCCAGUGCGAUUUGAUAAACUGUUGAAAGAUUACCUGGAUGAGCUAAAUGAAUCUGAACUACGGAGCUUUCAGUGGUACUUGGCCCUGAAUGAAAGACACGGAUCCCGACCUAUCCCAAAGUCCCAGCUGGAGAAUGCUACCAGAGAGGCCACUGUGGACAAGCUGGUGCAGGUUUAUGGGGUAGAUGAUGCUGUGAAGGUUACAGUCGACAUUCUCUUCAGGAUGAAACGCAAUGACCUUGCAAUAAAGUUAACUGAAGCAAAGCUACAGCCACCUGUAGCAGUGAUGCGACCUGUGGCAGUGCAGCCACCUGUGGCAGUGAAGCGACCUGUAGCAUUGAAGCGACCUGUAGCAGUGAAGCGACCUGUAGCAGUGAAGCGACCUGUAGCAGUGAAGCGACCUGUAGCAGUGAAGCGACCUGUGGCAGUGCAGCCUUUUGCUUCACUGAAGUGA